GUCGCUCUCAGAUUUAAAGUCUUCUUCUCCGGUCGAUUCCACCUUCUUCUUCCCCAAAACCGAAGUCCUUAUACCGUAAUUUUAUCAAGUUUUUUUCCCGAACCGAUUCUUCCCGUAACCAAAACCCGGUCACAAACCUGCAAACCAAAAAGGAUGGAUUCAGAUUUGGAACCUGUAGCUCUUACACCACAGAAACAAGACAGUGCUUGGAAACACUGUGAAGUUUACAAAUAUGGAGAUCGAGUUCAGAUGAGAUGUCUUUACUGUCGGAAGAUGUUUAAAGGAGGUGGUAUUACAAGAGUUAAGGAACAUCUUGCUGGUAAGAAGGGACAAGGUACUAUCUGUGAUCAAGUUCCUGAAGAGGUUCGUCUUUUCUUGCAGCAGUGUAUUGAUGGUACUGUGAGACGUCAGAGGAAGAGACGUAAAUCGAGUGCUGAACCGUUGCCUAUAGCUUAUUUCCCUCCUUGUGAAGUGGAGACUCAGGUUGUUGCUCCUUCUGAUGUGAAUAACGGGUUUAAAUCGCCGAGUUCGGAUGUCGUAGCUGGUCAAAGCACGGGAAGGACGAAGCAGAGGACUUAUAGGAGUAGAAAGAAUAAUGCUUUUGAGAGGAAUGAUUUGGCUAAUGUUGAGGUUGGUGGUGUGAGCAAUAUGAGUGACUUGAUUGAUCGAGAUAUGGACAAUUUGAUUCCUGUGGCUAUUAGUAGCGUGAAGAACAUUGUGCAUCCGUCUUCGAAAGACCGGGAAAAAACAGUUCAUAUGGCAAUGGGACGGUUUCUGUUUGAUAUUGGAGCUGAUUUUGAUGCGGCGAAUUCUGUUAAUUUCCAACCGUUUAUCGAUGCGAUUGUUUCUGGAGGAUUUGGUGUUUCUGUUCCUACUCAUGAAGACCUUAGAGGUUGGAUUUUGAAGAGUUGUGUAGAGGAAGUGAAGAAAGAGAUUGAUGAAUGCAAAUCUCUGUGGAAGAGGACAGGAUGUUCCGUUUUAGUUCAGGAAUUGAACUCCAACGAAGGCCUGAUGAUCCUUAAGUUUUUGGUUUACUGUCCCGAGAAAGUAGUGUUUCUGAAAUCAGUUGACGCAUCGGAGAUAUUGGAUUCUGAGGAUAAAUUGUAUGAGUUACUUAAGGAGGUAGUUGAAGAGAUAGGUGAUACCAAUGUUGUUCAAGUUAUUACCAAAUGUGAAGAUCAUUACGCUGCUGCUGGGAAAAAGUUGAUGGAUGUGUAUCCUUCUCUGUACUGGGUUCCUUGUGCUGCACACUGCAUAGACAAGAUGCUUGAAGAAUUUGGGAAGAUGGACUGGAUAAGAGAAAUUAUCGAACAAGCUCGAACUGUCACAAGAAUUAUUUACAAUCACAGUGGUGUUUUGAAUCUUGUGAGGAAAUUCACUUAUGGCAAUGAUAUUGUGCAACCAGCCUUUACCAGUUCCGCCACAAAUUUUACAACAAUGAGAAGAAUUGCCGAUCUAAAACCCCAUUUGCAGGCCAUGGUUACUUCAUCCGAGUGGAAUGAUUGUUCAUAUUCGAAGGAAGCAGGUGGAUUAGCAAUGACUGAGACUAUCAAUGAUGAGAAUUUCUGGAAGGCAUUAACAUUGGCAAACCAUAUAACUGCUCCGAUUUUGCGGGUUUUGAGGAUAGUUUGUUCUGAAAGGAAGCCUGCUAUGGGGUAUGUCUAUGCAGCAGUGUACCGAGCAAAGGAAGCUAUUAAGACACAUCUGGUUCACAGGGAGGAUUACAUAGUCUACUGGAAAAUUAUAGAUAGGUGGUGGUUGCAGCAACCUUUGCAUGCCGCUGGUUUCUAUCUGAACCCAAAGUUCUUCUAUAGCAUUGACGAAGAAAUGCGUAGUGAGAUCCAUUUAGCGGUUGUUGAUUGCAUAGAGAAAUUGGUCCCUGAUGUCAACAUUCAAGAUAUUGUCAUUAAGGACAUAAACUCAUACAAGAAUGCUGUUGGGAUUUUCGGAAGGAACUUAGCAAUCAGAGCUCGUGACACAAUGCUUCCAGCUGAAUGGUGGUCUACAUAUGGAGAAAGCUGCUUGAACCUGUCACGUUUUGCUAUACGCAUUCUGAGUCAGACAUGCAGCUCAUCUAUUGGCUCAGGGAGAAACCUGACACUAAUAUCACAAAUAUAUGAAUCAAAGAACUCCAUUGAGCGACAACGGCUCAGCGAUCUUGUAUUUGUUCAGUACAACAUGCGCCUCAGACGACUGGGCAGCGAAAGCAGCGGAGAUGAAACUGUAGACCCGUUAUCACACAGCAACAUGGAAGUUCUUGAAGACUGGGUUUCAAGAAACCAAGUUUGUAUAGAAGGAAAUGGAAGCUCAGACUGGAAGUCACUCGAGUUCAUUAAGAGGGCAGAAGAAGUAGCUGUUGUUAUCGACGAAACAGAAGACUUGGGGUCAGGUUUCGAUGAUGCCGAGAUAUUCAAAGGGGAAAAGGAAGCGAGUUAUGAAGGCGGUUAUUCGGAGAAUCUGUUCACUUGAACUUGCACCUCUCUCUGUAAUCACCAUUAGGAUUUGAUUUGUGUUAUUAAUAGAAGUCUUUACCAGUU